CAGAAAAAAGGACUAAAAAAAUACACCAUCUUCCCUCCUCCCUUCCCCUCCAAUGUCUUUGAUUUUAUACUAAUCCAUUACACUAGUGGCUACUGCUCUCUUCUGUCACACGCAAUUUCGGGCUUACUCUGUGUGUGUGUGUGUGUGUUUCUUGAAAGGUUAAAAACAGAGCCGAUUCUUCUUUUCAACCCACCGAUUGUUUUGUAUAUCAAAAGGGAAAAGUAGAUAGAGACAUGAGUAAGAUGGAAAGAGAGAGUGAAAUCAAGGUAUCAAAGUUCAAAAGAAUUUGUGUUUUCUGUGGGAGUAGUCAAGGCAAGAAAAGCAGCUACCAAGAUGCUGCUAUUGAGCUUGGGAAAGAACUGGUUUCAAGAAACAUUGAUCUCGUGUAUGGAGGAGGUAGCAUUGGCUUAAUGGGAUUGGUCUCGCAAGCUGUCCACGAUGGUGGUCGUCAUGUUAUUGGGGUUAUUCCCAAGACGCUCAUGCCUCGAGAGUUAACUGGUGAAACAGUAGGGGAAGUGAAAGCAGUGGCAGAUAUGCAUCAAAGGAAAGCAGAAAUGGCGAAGCAUUCUGAUGCUUUUAUUGCUUUACCAGGUGGAUAUGGUACUCUCGAAGAGCUACUUGAAGUGAUAACAUGGGCUCAACUGGGAAUUCAUGAUAAGCCGGUGGGUUUAUUGAAUGUUGAUGGAUACUACAAUUCAUUACUGUUAUUCAUCGAUAAAGCAGUAGAGGAAGGAUUCAUCAGUCCAAGCGCACGUCACAUCAUUGUAUUGGCACCAACAGCUAAGGUUUUGGUUCGAAAACUUGAGGAGUAUGUGCCUUGCCAUGAAAGAGUUGCUUCGAAAUUGAGCUGGGAAAUGGAGCAACAGCUUGACUACAGUGACUAUGAUAUAUCUAGGUGAUGAUGAAUGGAUGCAGCAGUGUGA